GGGAGCGGAGGCACCUGCCCGGGGCUUCUGCACCGCGGUCCCGCUCCGAGCCGGGCCGGGGGAGGAGCCGGGAGGGGAAAGCCGGGAGCGGGGAGUGGGAAGCGGGGCUGCUCCGCCGCUGGUUGCCGUCCGGGAGCGGGCACCGGAGCAGCCCCCCGAGCCAUGGCCGCGCCUCGGCAGGAAGAGGGCUGGGACCCCCCAGUCGCAUCCGCGCAGGCACCGGUGACAUUCGAGGACGUGGCAGUGCGGCUCUCAGCAGAGGAGUGGGAGCUGCUGGAGGAAUGGCAGCGGGAGCUGCACCGGGAGGUGACAGAGGGGACAUCCCAGCUGCUGGCAUCCCUCGGGCCCCCCAGCAGCCCGGCCCUCGCUGCCCUGGUGCGGCUGCUGAAGGAGAUCCCCGAGUUUCUCUUCGGUGGCCCCAGGGCUGAUGUGGAGCCGGGUGCCACCACCAGCGGGGCCACUGAGCGGAUGGGCGUCAAUGUUACAAUGGAGAUGCCAUCUGAGAGCUGCCCGCUCCGCAGCCUGGAGAGGUGCCUGGAGGAGCUGCUGGGGAGAGGGUCUGGCCCCUCUGUUCCCCCAGCAAGCAGCCUCUAUGGCCCCACUGAGAGGCAUCAGGAAGAGCCCGGCGGCCACCAGCCUCUGUGUGAGAGGCGCUCACUCAGAGGUGUGGCACGACAUGGCAUUGUGCCCAUGCUUUGGCAUGGCAUGGUGUUGUACCAUGCAGCAUGGCAUGGCACUGAGCGCACACCACAGCACAGCAUGGCACGGUACAAUGUGCACAGCAUGGUAUGUGGCAUAGCAUGGCACGGCACUUUGCGGUAUGGCCUGGCAUGGCACAGCGUGGCACAGCAUGGCGUGACAGGGCUCGGUGCUGGUUUCCAGCAUCUGCAGUGGCAGUGGGAUGGAGCUGCCUGGACCCCGUGCUCGGGGGUUCAGGUACCACUGGGUGUCCCUCAUGGCACCACUUCUGGGGAGGCAGCUCCCUGCGACAUGGGCUGGAACAGGGGGCUCUGCCGCAGCCCCGUGCUGAUGGCUGGUGAGGGCUUGGGGGGGGCGGCCCUGUGGGUCAAGGGGGGACCCUCUCAAAGGGGUCUGGAGGGAAUCUUGGGGCAUCUCAGGUGUCCUGGGAGGUCUCAGUUAGGUCCUAGAGGGUCUCAAGGAGUCCCAGUGGGUCCUGGGCAGCCCUGGAGGAGGCAGUGCUGGGGCUGGGGUCCCACAGUGGGACGUGGGGCAGGAUUCAGUCCCUGUGGGGCAUGUAAGGAUGGGGAGGGGAGUGCUGAGUCCCAGUGUCCUGGGUGAGGAAUGCUGCCCCUGGGGAGCAGGGGCUUCCCUGUGAGUCUGGGCUCUGGGGGGCUGAUCCCUGGUGG